AUGUCCGGCUUUAGCUACAGUAAGUGGGACAAUCUCGAGUUGAGCGACGACAGCGACAUCGAAGUCCACCCAAACGUCGACAAGAAGUCUUUCAUCAGAGCCAAGCAGAAUCAAAUCCACCAACAGCGCAUCGAGCGCAAGCACCGCAUCGAGACGUUAAAGUAUGAGAGAACCAUCAACAACGGUCUCCUCUCGCGUAUCGACGCUCUCUUGAAGGCGCUAGAGAGCCAUCGUGCCGCGAUCGAAGGCAAGACCGAUGCUUCGGAUAUCGAUGGAGUGGUUUUCGAAUCUUUGAUGGAUGUCACUAGCGACGCCGGUCUAGGCGCGGACCAGCCGCUUGGUGCACCGCCCGGCGUACACUCGAAAGAGCAGCAACCUUCGUACAGUCAAAUGAUGGGCGCACUUGUGGAUCAAGUGAAAUCCGAGGUGGAGAAGGCAAAGCCCGAGGUCUCUGCGCGUUACGCUUCGUUUGUGAAAGAAAUUCAAAGCCACGACACCAAGGUCAAGGAUCUUCAGAAAGAGCUUGAGACAGAAUUGACGAGCUUGGAGAAUGAGGAGAAGACCAAGAUUACGAGUGAUUCUAUUCGGGAAGGCUUCAAUAGUUCGCACGUCGCGAAAUCAAGCGGGAGCACAAAGCCAGCUGAGCCGGAGCUGCUGAACCCGGCACGACCGAGCACAACUGUGCCGUUGCAAAUCGGAGGUCCCGGGGAUUCGAGCAGCGCUGACGAGGAACUUGACGAAGAUGAUAUCAAGGCGUCGCCACUUGCGAAGAAAUUUGGUCAGAUCAAGUUUGGCGACUAUCGCACUAGCUUGCAGUUCAUUGGUCAAUAUCCGCAAAUCGUGUCGGAAAAGGAGACAGAUGGUCUACUCGCCGAAGCCUUUGAUGCGCAAAAAGGCAAACAACAUGAAGAGUACGCCCGCCAAUGUGUUCACCAAGCUUUGCUUCUGCAAUACUGCCGUCAACUCGGAAAAGAUGGCGUGGGUCUCUUCUUCCAGCGGGUCCAGACGCGAGGCCAUAAAGCACAACAGUUGUUCUUGGACGAUGUGAACUCGACCUACGCCCGCAUCCGCGAACGCUGCGCUGAGUUGGACAAGUUGGCUGAAGAGAGUGGCGGCGACCGCGAACAAAUCCAAUUGCAUGCAGUCGACCCCGAUACCAAGAUCAAUGUGGUGACUCCGCGUCCGCUCGAUCAGUGUGAGAGCGAGGAGGAACGUGCCAGCCGUCAAAUCUAUGAGUCAUUCAGACCUGAUCUUCAGACGGCUAUUGCCAGCGGAGAGAUUGACAAGAUCAAUGUGGUCCUGGGGAAGAUGAGCGUGGAAGAUGCCGAGCGUGUGGUCGAGCAGCUUGGCGAAGGUGGCAUGAUCAGUUUGUCUUCGGACGGCGUGAUUGAUGCCACGACGGAGGAAGGUCAGGAGGCGAUCAAAGAGAUUGAGCGUACCAGACAAUUACCGGGCGAUCGCGAAGAGAACAAUGUUUUGAGGGCUAAGUAG